AUGGAGGCCAGAGUGCUCUGGCUGCUGGCGGUGGUCCUGGCCUUGGGGAUCUCCAGCUCGUCUGCGCAGUACGUGGGCCUGUCGGAGAGCCAGUGUGCCAUCCCGGCCAAGGACAGGGUGGACUGCGGUUACCCCGAGGUCACCCCCGAGCAGUGCAACAACCGGGGCUGCUGCUUCGACUCCAGCAUCCCCGAGGUGCCCUGGUGCUUCAAGCCUCUGCAGGAGACAGAAUGUACAUUUUGAAGCCACGCCCACUGUCCUGCACACCAUGGGAGGUGAAUUUCCACACUCCUCCGACGUCCUGCCUGCUCAUCUCUGCUUUUCUAGCCCCUGCUCCCUGCCAGGCUCUGGCUGAAAGCUGGCGCCUG